GAUAUUUGAAAACAAAGGAUUAGCGAAAAAUUACUAGAAAAUCUCCAUGAUGGAAACCUAUUUCAACUCAGUGGCCUAUAUUGUAUCUGGUCGCUCAUACAAAAGACAAUAACCAGCUAAUUGCGGCAGCUGAGUGAUAGAGCGUGCGUAUUGUAACCGGGGGAUCGUGAGUUCGGGCCCCGCUCGUGAGAUCCACUAGUGUAGCGAUCUAAGUGAGCGGAUCUCAGGAUCUGGUUUUAAUCAGAUUGAAGUGAGAAUCAAGGGUCUUUCGGAUAUGACCUUGAAAACGGAGGUCACAGCAAGCGUUAGGACGUUAAAGAUCCCUCACUGCUACAUGGCCGAGCGCUAAGCAUAGGUUUAAAUUUGUGGUACUUCACCUAUACAACUGGUGACGUCGCAAUAUAAGUGAAAGAUUCUCCACGGGACGUAAAAGAAACAAACCACAACAGCAACAAAAGACGAUACCACGUGAUUCGGAUGCAUAAACACGCCUUCAACGUCAUGCACCAUAAGCAGAGUGUGAUUUUACACAGUACAUGUAAACAUUCCUUCACUUUUGCUGGUACUAAACUUAGCCGCAGAGGUCAAACUUAAAACGGACACAAUUAAUGUCCGACAGCACCAUGGUUACUCAUCAACGUCUGUGGUCUGUCAGCAUUACGUGACUGAAAGUCCAUCCAAGUACCUGCGAAAAUUUUGAAGAUGCGAGUUGAAAUAUUCCCGAUAUUCUUCAUAAACCAGAUUGCCGCAGUGCACCUGUUUCUUAAUGAGAAGAUUUCGGAAGAAUUGAAAAAUGUUGAUCCUUUCAAUAUUCGCCAAGAAUUUACAAUGCUCAGAGGGAGACUUGCAAAAGUCCUGAAUAUUGAGAAUCCCAAGACGAGUUGUAUGUUUACUGACGUUCUCAAUCAAAAGUUGUUGCUGAGAAACCCAUGUUUUGAAAUUGUACCAGAAUUAAAUGGAAUGUUGGGAAAUAAGUGCAUAGGAAUAUCUCGUACAUCCAAGUGUAUUCAAGGGAUACAAAGAGCCCCCAGACAUAAACGAGACGUAGAGAAGAUGCUCAGUUCUGUUCGCAAUUUCAUGCACUUCAUCGGUAGAUCCAAUUCAGUCCAGCGGACGCACGCUAAACCCGCGAAAAUCAACAUCAAGAACUCACUGGAUUACGCCGCCACGGAUUUCACGUCAAACAUACGUCCACAUCUCAGCCGACUGCUGGGCAAGUUCCGGGUCAUGCAGACCGGAAGUAAUCACAUCGGAAACGACGCUAAAGCAGCCAUCUCUUACAUUCAACACAGCAUCGGGAAAACUGUGUCGGACAUUGAUGGGACAAUUGUGAAACGUGCAAGACGAUUCAAAUGAGUGGAAAAUUUAUAAAGUUUGCACGCAUUUUGUUUUCUAUGACAUCAUAAGCAUAUUUAAAAACUUACAUCAGUAUUAUAGUUUGACGAAGCGGAAAGGAAAGUCUGGCAUCUUGACACAUUCCGUUAUAUGAUUUUGUAUGAUAAUUUAUUUGUAAAAAAAAAAAAAAAAAGUAGAGACGACAAAUUAA